CAUCAUUGUUCAUCUCUCUCAUCAGAUCCGGUAACCUCUGCACUCCCUUCAUCAAGGUCGGCGUACUUCCAUUAUCGUCGGAGGUAAAUACAUACCUUCAAUGGCGAUAGUGAUACGAUUUCGGCGGGGUAUAUGCGAUUCUAGCGAUGGGACUCGCAGAUUCGCGGUCUGUUAAUUUUUUCAGGGGGAGAAGGAAAUAAGGCAUAUGCAUCUGCUACUUCAGUGACUGCAAGAAAGAUAGAAAGCUGAUAAUGAGGAGAAAGCUGAUAAUAAGGAGAAAACUGAUAAUGCAUCAGUUGCAGCCACUGAGAAGAAGGGGAGUGAUUUCCACCAUUAAAAAGAUAGCAAUAAAGAUGUUAAUCAUCCAAGCUUGCACUUCUUUUAACAUAUCUUUUGCCACACUAGGUUUGUUGAUGUUGUUAUGACUAUUCCCAAAGGAACUCCGUUCCCCAUGUGUAGUAUGAAUCCGGCGUUCAACCAUGAACUGAUUAUACCUGCAAUGUUUAUGGGUUAUGACUCUGAGUUCACGUGAAGAAAAAUAUGCAGAUCUGGUUAUGGAUUAUGGUUUACAUUUCAUUAAUACACUCUCUAGCUUCAAAACUGUCGAUCCAGUUCCUCUGUCGUUACAAUGGUAUAAUUCUGACCCAGUUUCCCCUCUGCAACCGCAAGGGAAGCUUGAAUUCAAUUUGCUUUAUAAACUUGAGUUGCAGAAAUGUGAUUGCAAUUGAUAUUGAUCCAUUCAAGAUUGGUUAUGCUAGGCAUAAUGCUUCUAUUUAUAGAGUGGAUGAUCAAAUUGACUUCAUAAUGGGUGACUUCUUCCUCUUGGGACCAAAGUUAAAGCUAAGUUAGGAGGCAAGAAGAUGCAAAUAAUCUGUUCAUUCUUAGUGUUUUAAUUAACUACUAAAUCGUACCUUCUAUGUGAAUAUAAGUCAUAUUAAUUUGUUGUGUAAAAGUGUCUCUGAGUGCUUAAGAAAAAGAAACUUAUUACAUGUUUAUAUAUAUAAGCUUCUAACUGUUUUCAAUAUGGUUUUCAGAAUAGCUUAUUAAAACAACUAACAACUUAUAUAUAAAACAAUUCAACCAUCAAAGUGAGUACCUAAGUUAUAUCAUUGUGUCUUAUUCUCAUUCUUAGAACUUCAGGUGGUUAUACUCUUAAGCAUCAAGCUUCUCAAAGUGAGGUUGGUAGUUGUUUGAUGGUGAAAGUUUAUGCUAUAUUUUUCUUUAGCCCAAUCUUGUUAAAUAGCCACUGUACCUGCACUAUACAUCAUUGAUGUUUCAUCAAUAAUAUUAACAUUAUGUUGCAGAUUUCUAUUAUAGUUUUACUCUAAUAUGUGUUUUUAGGU